CGCCCCGCCCCCUGAAGGACGCGAGGCGCCGCACCCACCCCGCGCGCGGGGGGAGGGCGCCGCCGCGGCGCGUACGGCGAUGGUGAUGAUCAGCAGGCAGCUCCUGCUCACCUACCUCUACCUGCUCAUCUACAUCUGCCUCUCGUCGGGGGUCAUCCUCUUCAACAAAUGGGUGCUAUCUCCUAAGUACUUCAAAUUCCCCUUUCCCAUUACUCUCACAAUGAUUCACAUGUCAUUUUCUGGAGUCGUGGCGUUCUUCCUAGUCCGUGUUUUCAAGGUUGUUGCACCUGUCAAGAUGACUUUCCAAAUAUAUGCCACAUCUGUAAUUCCCAUUAGUGCCUUCUUUGCGUCAAGUCUUUGGUUCGGAAAUACAGCAUACUUAUACAUUUCAGUGGCCUUCAUUCAAAUGCUCAAGGCUUUGAUGCCUGUGGCAACAUUUAUAAUGGCCGUUCUAUGUGGUACUGACAAAUUAAGACGGGACCUUUUCUUGAACAUGGUGCUGGUCAGUGUUGGUGUUGUAGUUUCAUCAUAUGGGGAGAUUCAUUUUAAUGUAAUAGGAACAUUAUACCAAGUAACUGGCAUUGUUGCGGAAGCCCUCAGGCUGGUCCUGACACAGGUCCUCCUCCAAAAAAAGGGAUUAACCCUGAAUCCUAUUACAAGUCUGUAUUACAUAGCGCCUUGCAGUUUCAUCUUCCUAUUUGGUCCAUGGUAUUUACUGGAAAAGCCAGAAAUGGACAUCUCUCCAAUUCAGUUCAAUUAUUGGAUAUUUUUCUCGAAUGCACUUGCUGCAUUUGCGUUAAACAUAUCCAUAUUCCUAGUUAUUGGAAGGACAGGAGCAGUCACUGUCAGAGUUGCAGGAGUUCUAAAGGAUUGGAUACUUAUUGCCCUCUCGACCGUUAUCUUUCCUGAAUCUACUAUUACAAGCCUCAACAUAAUUGGAUAUGCCGUUGCGCUCUCUGGCGUUGUCAUGUACAAUUAUUUGAAGAUGAAAGAUGUGACAGCAAUCCAACUUCCAAUUGAUAACACUGCUGAUAGAGCUACCAAGGAGAAGAAGGUUGUCAACAUAUACAAACCCGACAGUUCCAUUGACAGUAUUGAUGAAACUGUUGUUGGAGGUGUGGCAGUUGGAAGUAUGGCAACAGAAGCUGCAGCUGUUGACGAGGAAGCCCCAUUGAUCCCUUCAUCACGCAUCUCCCAUGUAACCCGGACACAAACAGGCGGUCUCAGUAGCAGAUGACCACAGUUUUCUAAAGUUUUGAGUCGGUUGAGGUAGCAAACUUCAUCCUAUUAUCUUCCUCCUGGAUAGUCCGAGAACUACGAGAAGACCCUCUUUGGAAGCUCCGCCGAUCGAGCGAUUGGUCUUGCACGUUCCUUUUCUCCACGACACGUUUGCUUGGAUGCCUUGCUAGUUGGCGCGGAAAGCUGUUUCAGGAGACACCUGGAGGUGAAUUAGAGAAAGUUGCAGUGAUAGAAUGAUUCAUUACUUUUUAUCUGUACCUGCGUAUUUUGAGAAAUUUUUUUCCGGUAGUCCAUGUUAGAUAUACGACAUUUCUUAACCCAGGGUAUGGAAAUGCUGUCGGGUCAUAGAUGGUGUAAGGCAUCUUUGUAGAUGCUAAAUCUAAUAGCAGAGGUUCCAUUCCUUAAGCCGAUGUGUGCUGUUCUUGUUGUCUUCAGCAUGAGUACCAAAUGCGGAUUUUCGCUGGAUAAUAUGAUCUAUUGAUCUGAUAUUUCUA